GAGACUGGAGGGGAGGAUUCAAGAUAGGAACUACAACUGCAGCUCCCCUGCCACAUUUCACUUAACCGCUGUCUGUCUCUGCUAUACACAAGUAUUCGGCCAUUUUCGCGACGCAAAUCCUGUCUUUCUGCAAACUGUGUUUUUUUUCUCCACCUUUUUUAGAACUUGCAUCGAGUGUAUUUUCCGGGACAGUCUGUAAGAGGCGGAACCGAGUGUAAGUGCGCAUGUGGAAACCGAACUGCUCUCGUGCAACAAAUGUACUGCAUGCUGGAACUUGCAGGGGCUAUGGCCUUCCUUGGGAGAGCAGUUCGGCGGGUUGUGCGGCCUCCUCUCUCUCCCUUGAGCCGGACAACCGCUUGGUCCUAUAGCUCAGAGCCCACCAAGGAAAAAAGUGUUCCCUACGAUAAGACACUCAAACAAGAGGAUGGAGCCUCCUCUGGACCUACUAAACCUUUACCCAGGUCAGCGGAUGUGGUGGUGAUCGGAGGAGGCAGUUUGGGCUGUCAGACCAUCUACCACCUGGCUAAAAUGGGGAUGACCAACGUAGUUCUGCUGGAGAGAGACAGACUGACUGCUGGCACCACCUGGCACACUGCAGGUCUGUUGUGGCAGCUCCGUCCCAGUGACGUUGAGGUAGAGCUCUUGGCCCACACCAGGAAUGUGAUCAGCAAAGACCUGGAGGAAGAGACGGGUCUUCACACAGGCUGGAUCCAGAAUGGAGGACUCUUCAUCGCCUCCAACAAGCAGAGGCUGGACGAGUACAAGCGCCUCAUGUCGCUGGGUAAAGUUUAUGGUAUCGAGUCCCAUGUCCUGUCACCUGCGGAGACCAAAGACCUCUAUCCUCUGAUGAAUGUUGAUGAUCUGUAUGGAACCCUGUAUGUACCAAAAGAUGGCACCAUGGACCCAGCAGGCACCUGUACCACCCUGACCAGAGCUGCCACCGCCAGGGGAGCCACGGUGAUCGAGAACUGCCCUGUGACUGGUAUCCAAGUGCAGACAGAUGACUUCGGUAUGAAGAGGGUGAAGGCAGUAGAGACCCCUCAUGGGACCAUUGAGACACCUUGUUUGGUGAACUGUGCAGGCGUGUGGGCCACCAAGCUGGGGGAAAUGGCUGGAGUCAAGGUGCCUCUUAUCGCGAUGCAUCAUGCCUAUGUGGUGACCGAGAGAAUUGAAGGCAUACAGAACAUGCCAAAUGUCAGGGACCAUGAUGCAUCAGUGUACCUGCGCCUCCAAGGUGACGCCCUGUCUGUGGGGGGUUAUGAACACAACCCCAUCUUCUGGGAUGAGGUGUCUGAUAAGUUUGCCUUUAGCCUGUUUGACCUGGACUGGGAUGUAUUCAUGCAACAUAUUGAAGGUGCAAUCAACAGAGUUCCUGUUCUGGAGCAGACUGGCAUUAAGUCCACUGUCUGUGGACCAGAAUCAUUCACAGCCGACCACAAGCCGCUGAUGGGAGAAGCCCCAGAGGUCAGAGGUUUCUACUUGGGCUGUGGCUUCAAUAGUGCCGGCAUGAUGCUGGGAGGUGGUUGUGGUAGAGAGCUGGCUCACUGGAUCAUACAUGGUCGCCCUGAAAAGGAUAUGUAUGGUUACGACAUCAGGCGUUUCCAUAACUCGCUGACAGACAACACACGUUGGAUCAGACAGAGGAGCCAUGAGUCGUAUGCUAAAAACUACUCUGUGGUGUUCCCCUUUGAUGAGCCGCUGGCCAGCCGAAACAUGAGGAAGGACCCUUUCCAUCAGGUGCUGACGGAGCAGGGCUGUGUGUUCCAGGAGAGACAUGGCUGGGAAAGACCUGGCUGGUUCACCAUGGACGGGCCCGCUCCUGUUAAAGACUAUGAUUACUAUGGGGCUUAUGACAUUAAGAAGAAUGUGAACUACAAAUAUAACAUAUUACUGGGCAAAGAGUACACCUUUGACUUCCCUCCACAUCAUGACGUGAUUAAGAAUGAGUGCCUCACAUGUAGACACGGUGUGGCAGUCUUUGACAUGUCCUACUUUGGGAAGUUCUAUCUCUCUGGACCAGAUGCCAAAAAAGCGGCUGAUUGGCUGUUCACUGCUGAUGUCAACAAGAAGCCAGGCUCCACUGUGUAUACCUGCAUGCUGAAUAAGAGAGGAGGAGCAGAGGCUGACCUCACAGUGAGCAGACUGGAGCCUGGUGCUGCCAACCUGCCCCUGGCACCACAGUCCAAUGGUGAUGCAUACUACCUGGCCAUUGGAGGCGGUGUAGCAGAACACAACUGGAACCACAUCAGAACAGUUCUUCAGGACCAAGGCUUCCACUGCCAUCUGACAGACCACUCUGAGGACAUGGGGAUGAUCAGCAUCCAGGGACCCAAAAGUCGAGAGGUGCUUCAGGAGGUGUUGGACACAGACCUGAGCAACGAAGCUUUCCCCUUCUCUACUCACAAGGUUGUCAACGCAGCAGGGCAUCAGGUGCGAGCUAUGCGUCUGUCAUUUGUCGGAGAGCUCGGCUGGGAGCUGCACAUUCCAAAAGACUCUUGCCUUCCAGUCUACCAUGCUGUCAUGGCUGCUGGUGCAAAGCACGGCAUCAUCAACUCAGGCUACAGGGCCAUCGACUCACUCAGCAUAGAGAAAGGGUACAGACAUUGGCAUGCUGACCUUCGCCCAGAUGACACACCCUUAGAGUCGGGGCUCGGCUUCACCUGCAAACUGAAGAGCUCGAUCCCGUUUCAGGGCCGUGAUAGGCUGGAGAAACAGAAGGAGGAGGGGCUGAGGAGGCGUAUCGUCUGCUUUACCAUUGAUGAGAAAGUACCGAUGUUUGGUCUAGAGGCCGUUUUCCGUAACGGCACUCCUGUUGGUCACCUACGGCGUUCUGAAUAUGGCUUCUUUAUCGACAAAACUAUUGGAUAUGGAUAUAUCCGCAACCCUGCUGGAGGAGUGGUGAGUGCAGAUUUCAUAAAGAGCGGGGAGUUUACCCUGGAGAAGAUGGGAGUGACUUACGAGGCCAAGGCCCACCUCAAAUCUCCAUUUGACCCUGAGAAUAAACGCAUCAAGGGCAUCUAUGCUUGAGAAGGAACACACGUGGAAAAUGAAGAAAGCACACUGGUCAGAGAAUGAGGCUGAGAGAGCAGCAACUAGGGUUUCAAAAUGACUAUUAAAUGGAAACUUUCCAUAGGAACAGGAAUAAAAUGGAUAUAUAGGGGUUGUCUGCUCAGGCUGUAUGUACCAUGUCAUAUGCAGAUAGAAACAAUCCUUUUAUCAUAUCAUAAGCAGACAUAAUCUAUUGAUUAGGGAAAAGGGAUUUAAAUCAGGUUCCUCGUAUUUGAUUUGAUCACUCAAAGGUGGGCAUGGCUUGCCGCUGGCAGACAAUGUGAGCUGUGUGCCAGCCCACGAAUUUAUAAGUUUAUAAAAGAAAUGUUUUGCAAUGAAAAAUUGAAUUGAAAUAAAUUCAUAAAAACUA